AUGGAAUCUAUGUCCAAUAACCAGCUGCCAAUCAAUGUUAUCUCAGGAAUGCUUGAACAAACGACCCUAGCAAACAAUAGUACACAAGCCAAUAACAUUGAAUCUACGAUCAUGACAUUUAAACCCCACUCACAAGAAUUCCUCCUGGAAAUUGGUACUGCACAACAAGAUACUUCAGAUUCCGACGAUGAAGACAGUCAAAGUAUAAAAGAAAAGACAACAAAUAAAAAAGAUACUUUAUCAGAUCCUUUAGAUGAAACAGAGAAUGUGCCAGUAAUCCAAUUGGAUGCGAAUAACCAGGAUAAUGCAUUUACUUUACUUGAUGCAACUGAUUAUUAUAAAUGUGAUUAUUCUUAUAAUCAACCAAGUAAUACGGAUGAUAUUAAUAAUCCCUGGAAUCUUGUUUCAACUUAUAAAUUUAUUUCUUCUAACGGUACUGUUGGUAAUUCUUCACUAAUUGAAACUCCUGAUGAUAAUACAAAUCUAUUUGCUUGGUUUAGUACUUCUAUUUUAGCUGUAUAUUUUAUGCUAACAGGUGAUACAAGUGCUGUUUCUUCAUGGGUUUACAAAAAUAACUGGACUUUGGCGAUUUUAUUAGCUAUAUUUUCAUUUUUUACUACUAUUUAUUUAUUGAAUCUGUUUAUUUCAUUACUUGGAAAUGCUAUUAAUGAAACAUAUAAUGAAGAAUCUUUUUUACAACUAAGAGGAGAUCUUAAAAAAUAUGUAAAAAGUAUUGAGGAUGAUGAAAUUUUACAAGAUUUACUUCCUGCAAUUAAAAAAAUUACUGGAGUUGGAGAAGUUAGGGCCUUAAAAAAAGACUCUGAAUUUUAUAAAAUCAAGAAAGUCAUUGAAUCUAUUGAAGUUAAUGACUUAAAUGAAGACAUUGCAUUUAAUGCAAUUAAAAAAAUUAUUGAAGAUAAAGACCUAAAUAAAGACAAUGUUAAAGACCCAAAUAAAGGCAAUGCUAAAGACCCAAAUGAAGGCAAUGAUAAAGACCCAAAUGAGGACAAUGCUAAAGACUGGAGCUAUGACAACAUGGCACCGGUUGAAGUUAGCCAAUCAUAA